AUGGAAGACGACGGUAACACCACCAACGGCGUCAUGAUCGAUGCUCCGGAACAAGACAGCAAUGACCAUGGCAGCCAAGACCCCCCUUCGCCCGACACCAGGGCGGAGGACAUGUCGGACGACGACUUCGACACUGAGAUUGCCGAUGAGAUCAAGGCAGACGUCAGGAUGUUCUCGGGGUGCCAGGACAAACAGACCUCGGCGGAUGUCCACGACGUUACCAAGUUCGGCGUGCCCAACUCUGACGGCGGCGCCGGGGGUGCCUGCACCAACGCGCUCCUCGUCAACGUGAAAGACGACGAACCCGACUCCUGGAUGAGCCUCUUGAAGGGCAUGCGCACCACCCUCAGCACCAAGAAGUUCAAGCAGAUUCCCCAGAUGGCCACCUCCAAGAAGCUCGACAUCCACUCGCCCUUCUCCUUGGCUGGGGGCGAGGGAGGGAAGCACCGGGCCCUCCUCAUCGGCAUCAACUACGUCGGGGAUCCCUCGGUCGAGCUCAAGGGCUGCCACAACGACGUCGCGCAGAUGAAGGACUACAUCGUGGAGCACGGAUAUCCUGCUGAAGAAGGCGAAGACCUGAAGAUCGUGAUGGAUGACGGGGAGCAUACCGCCCCUACCAGGGCUAACAUCAUCGAAGCCAUCGAGUGGCUCGUCGAGGGCGCCGCGCCAGGCGAUUCGCUUUUCAUGCACUACUCCGGACACGGCGGGUCUGUGGAGGAUACCGACAACAACGAGAAGGACAAGAGGGAUGAGACCAUGAUCCCAACCGACUACAGCAUGUCCGGACACAUCAAGGAUGAUGAGCUCCUCUCCGAGUUGGUCCUACCCCUGCCGGAGGGCGUCGUUCUGUCCGUGGUUGUGGAUUGCUGCCACAGCGGCUCCAUCCUUGACCUGCCCUACACCUUCGACGCCGACGAGGGGGCCCUUCAGCUGGUGGACGACGGCGGCUCUGGGGUCGUGCUCAAGAAGGCCAAGUUCAACAUGACCAAGAUUAGGAAAGCGCGCAAGCUGAACCUCAGAGGCCCCUACAUGAAAGCCAUUCGAGCAAAGGCCGCCGCCGCAGCAGCAGCGAAAGCUGCCGCAGCGAAAGCCGCCAGCGAAAAGCAGCAGCAGGAGCAGGAGCAAACUCCACAGCCAGUCGGCGGCAGCAGCACGGCCUUCAAGGUGGGCUCCAAGGUUGCAGCGGCCGCGGCGAAAGCGAGGGCGUCUGCCGCCGCCAAAGCCGCCAGUCAGCAGGAGCAAGAGCAGGAGAAGCCCGCCGCCAACGGCGGCACCGCCGAUACCGCGAAGGAUCAACCGCCCUCCGAGGACGUAGCGCCCAGUUCCACUGUGAUGCAGGCCCCGACGUUUAAGCUGAGCAUCGAGACCGAGGUCAUAAAGUCCAUGGAAACAGGUGGUUACAUAACGCCCGACCCGACGGCCUUCAAGAGCUUCACGUCGUGCGAAGCCGACAUGGAGGAGGACGGGCAGGACGACUGCGACUUGUCGGUCUUCGUAGUCACGCCAUCGAGCGUGGACGAAGAGAGCGGCCACGAACACGCUGCGGGCAUCAGCAUGCUGUGGGUGGACUCUGAGUCCUCUACAGGUUACAGCAUGAAGCAUUUGACCAAGGGAGAUGCCCGUUUCGAUGGCAAGCGUGCUGUGUACAUCGAAGCCACCAAGGGUGAAGGUGAGGAGCCGUUCCUUGUAGCGGUAUUCGCUCCGGAAGACUUCAAGCCGGCAAGCGCGGGCGGUGGCAGUGGCGUCGCUCCUGAGAGCACGGAGUUCGUCGUGUGGGUGUGCGACAAGCUUGCUCACUCCAGGAACGAAACGCUAAACUGGACCGCGUGCGGGUCUAUCGUCGGCACCAAGGUGAAGAGGACAUCCGCCACGACCUCUACCUCCGGCGAGCGCCUGGUUAUCGUCGAGGCCUUGGACGUGAAGAACGAGGCUCGUGUGUUCUACGGCACCUCUCUCGGCAACGACGAUCUGCAGAUGUCCAUGUUCCCCACCCCCCGCGCGAUGAGAGCCUCCAACCAGCAGGUGUCCACCGUGCAAGCUUCUACCCUCGAGAAGGACGGCGAGACUUUCGCCAUCGCCAUGGCCUUGCCAGCCACUAUCCCCAAGAAAACACCCGUUGCCGGUGACAGCAGCGACACCUCGGACGACGAAACCGAGAUCCGGCCCUCCAUGCUCUACGCGCAGUCCCUGAACGACCCAGGAUUCUACGCCGGCAGCAUCGAGAUCCCCGGCGACACCCGCUGCUUCAUGACUACCCCUGCCUACGGACUCAAGACAGACGUGUACGUUGCCGGGACCAAGAAGGUGAUUUGGUACGACGACAGGGCUUGGGACGGGAGCACCGAAAAAGCUGGCGUCUCUUUGAACUCGGUGGACUUCACUUCCCCUGCCAAGGAGAUGCGCACCAUGAUCGACAAGCAGUUCAUCAGGCACGUCUUCAUCCUGCUGGAGAACGGCAAGCUGCUGUACACGUCGCAAGACCCGGAGGAGGGCAGCAUAUUCGACGAGCCUGUCGACAUUCUGCCCAACGUCGAGGCGUUCAGCUGCCACGCGGACUCCAUCGGAAACGUCCACGUCAACAACAUCAACAAGGACGGGAACCUUAUGCACCACAUGAUGGACCAAGGCACGAGCCUGUGGAUGCAGAAAGAAGUCAUGGUUGCUGGGGGAGCCGCUAGGGAACACCUCAUAUCGAUUGUCGACCUCAAGGUGACUGCCCUCGAGAAGACCUCCGGCAAGAAGACUGCAAACGACCUCAUGCAAGCUGCGGAAGCGGAAGCCGACCUUCCCACCAUAUCUCUCUCGUGCGGGUCGGGGGCAAUGUUCCGCAUCAACGGCAAGGGGCACCUGAUGCACAAGGACAAGAAAGUUGAAGUUCGUCCGAACAUGAGUGGCUUGGUGCGAAUCGGCCAGUUCGUGGAUUCCUUCAGCGUGCCUCACGUGACGAUCCGGAUGCCAGGCUUGGACAGGCCUCUGGAGAUCAUGUGCGGCAACAUCUUGACCAAGAAGCUAGAGAAAAUGGAUGCGUCUGCCUUGAAAGGCGCCAAGUCCCGCGAUGCCAUGGGAGACGACGCCGAGAGCUUGAUCGACGACCCCGACGAUGGUGACUUGAACGACUUCGUUGACGCGGUCGCCCAGCUCGCGAAGGGGUUCAAAGUCCUGUCUCCGACCGAAUUUCCGAAGAAAAACGAUGUGGACGGCAUCUUCCGCCUGACCGGCCGAGCUUUCAACGAAGAGAACCAGUUCGUCGCUUUCGUUGACGAGGGUCCCGCUUUCGAGGAGGAGGAAGUCGGCGAUGGCCCUCCAUCUCCCGGCGGCGCCCCCAGUCCCCGCCAAGGCGGAGCUGGCGCCGAGCCCAUCGGCGGCGAACUGAAAGAGAUGGCCACCCCGCAGAGGCGCACCUCGGUUUUCCGAGGCGAUUCCGCAUUACACGGGCGCAGACCGGUAGUCAGGCGUUUCACCAAGCACCGUUGCGCUCCUGACCCGUUCGGCAUGGGACACCUGGGCGUCGAGCGUGUGCGCCGCGUCGAAUGCCGGAACAUGGGAAACCUCGCCAAGAAGGCCAGAGAAAACGCUGACGAGGCCAUUUACGAGACGAAGAAGCACGCGGCCGAGUCACUCAAGGCCAAGCUGAGCAACGCGGAGCGUGCUCAAGAGCAGGCCACGGAGUACGCUGCCGAGGCCACGAAGUGGGCUGGGGAGGCAAAGCAGGCGGCGGAAGCGGUUCGUUGGACGCAAGCCGCAGUCGAAGCGGCGGAGGCGGCGGUCAAAGCAUCCGAGGAGGUGGAGAUGAAAGCUUCACAAGACAUCGGAGAGAUGAAAGCUGCACAAGCUUUUGGGGCGAGGAAAGCUUCGCAAGAGUCACAGGUGGACAUUAUCCUUGGAGUGGAAGGUCCGGACGAGGAAGCGGCGAGGGCGAUGGAAGCAGCGGCACGAGCGGUAGAAGCGGCCGGAGUUGCGCAACAGACGUCGGAGCAGGCGAAGGCCAUGGAGCGGGGGCAAGGCUCGGACGGUCAACUGGUCGACGUCGGUGAUUUCGAAGCUGGCGGAUUCUUAUCGGCCGAGUACUCCAGCGGCCGUUUCUUUGGCCCCGUGGCGAAGAAGCUGUGGCUAGCGGCAGAGGCCAAGCGGGCGGGAGCACGCCCUGGGCGUGACUCGUCAUACCUGCCAGUACGUGCGGGGCACGGACAGUCGCCGGCUUGGCCUGGCCGCUCGCCGGGUUAUCCUGGCCGCUCGCCGGCUAUUGCUGCCCGUUACAGGCGACCGGCUGCAAGCACCCCCGCACACUCUGAUGUGGUCGAAGCCGUAGAAGCAGCAGGACAGGCUGUGGAAGCUGCGGCCCAAGCGAUGGAGAGAGCGGAACAAGCGAAAGAAGCCCUGGGCGAGGACACGGGAGAGCCAGAGCGCAGAGAUGAUGCUGGCGACCUCAACCCCCGGGAGUACGGGUCGGCGGAGUCCUCCAACAAGGGUUUCUUUGAUUCCAUCGCCAAAGAACUUCGGGAGUUGGCAGACGAAGCCAAGCGGGAGGCUGAGAAAGAAGCUGCGCAGGCUGCACAUGGGCCGCCUGGGUACACAAGCAGCGGGCUGUUUGACACCAUGGACGCUGGGAUACCGACAAGACGCCCAAUCACGGACACUACAGCUGAGUGCCUUAAGGAGCCAAAGUGGGAGGCAGUCAGGCAGGAAGCCGAGAAAACGGCCAUGGAGGCCACCCGGCUUGUGAAGGCAGCCCAAACGGCGGCCUUUGAACUCAAAGCAGUCGAGGAGGUGGAGGUCGCGGAAGCUCUAGACUCCGAAGAAGACGAAGAGGAGGAUCACAUCGACGGCGAUUACGGUGCCUACGGGUCGACAGAGUAUACUAGCAGGAAGUUCGGCGACCGGAUCAAGAAAGCAACCAAGAAGGUCAAGUCCGGCGUCCAGAACGCGGCGAAAAAGACAAAGCAGGCGGCUCAGACCGCCGCCCGAAAGGCCGAGGAGGCAGCUAAACAGGCGAAGCGGGAGGCAGAGAGAAUUGCCAAGGAUGCCGCGCGCAAAGCAGAAGCAGCGGCCCUCAAGGCCAAGAGGGAAGCGGAGAAGUCCGCCAAGGCCGUGGCUCAAGCCGCCAAAGAAGUAAAGAAGGCGGGGGAGCUUGUGGCGAAAGAGGUGGCAGACAAGGCGCAGAUAGCGGCGGCUGCGGCGAAGCAGGCCGCGGAAGGUGCGGCGAAGCUGGCAGAGAACGCUGUGAACGAGGUGGGAGAUGUGGCAGGUGACAUAAAGGACGGUGUCGAGGAUGCGGCGGACAAAGUGAAGGACGGGGUCGUGCACGCUGCCGACAAGGUUAAGGACGUCGCCAAGGACGCCGCCGAGGUCGUGGGCGAUGUUACCAUGAAGAUGGUCGACGUGGUGGAAGAGGUGGUCGAGGAGGUGUGGGAGCACACUCCGGAGGGGCUGAAGAAGGUGGCCAGGAAAGUAGCGAAAGUUGUCAAGAAGGGGGUGGACUUUGUGGUGAAGAUCGGCAAGGUGGUGUAUCACUUCGUCGAAACCAAGCUCGAGCAGCUCGUCAAGGCUCUCGACUGGCUGUGGGACAAAAUCAAGACGGGUAUCAUGAAGGCUAUCGAAUGGCUCGCCAGUUUCUUCAAGUACAAAGAGAUUUUGAAGACCGCCGAGAUACUGGAAGCCGGGGCGAUUUACGGGAUCGACCAGUUCAUCGCCACGAUUCCCUCUGAGGACGCCGUCAAGGAGUUCUUCAACGACCUUCGUCUCAUGUUGGAGAGGAAGACCGGUCUUGACCUCGACGCCCAGGACAUGAGCACGGAGGACACGACGCCGGACGACCGCGAGGUCGAUCCCAAGGAAAAUUUCGUUCAACACCACAGCACGUGCGGCACCUUCGAAGGGGCAGGGACCCCCGCUGAUGCGAAAGAUGACUCGAAAGACCAGGAAAAAGCGUCAGAAGACAGCGAUGAUGACGACCCGGGCAUGGAUACCGUGGCGGAGAAGCUCAACUACUUGUACGAGAAACUCAAAGAGGGCUUGAACGCCUUUAUGUCCGCGCUGGCUGAAGGCAUCGUCGAUCUGCUGGAGGGUGGCACACAGCUAAUGGUAAAGAUCCUGAAGUUCGUAGCGAAGAAGUUCCGCGACUGGCUCGCCGACGGGGGGCCAAUAUACAUCCCGAUCAUCAGCGAGAUCUACAAGCUCAUCACGGGGCGCAAACUCAAGCUCGCCAAGGCGUUGUUCUUCAUAUUUGCGAUCCCCGUAACAUACAUGGCCAAGGCAGUUCUAGGGAAAUGGCCAUCGCAAAUGGUCUCGGUCGACCAAUUGACCGGCGCCAAAGGCAACACCUUGUCAAUCGCUGGCCAGGCGCCCGACUCUACCGACGCAGCAAUGAUCGACAUCACCAAGAUUCCCGCGGGGGACCGUAAUUUCUUGACGAAUCGCUUCAAGAAGUCGCACCCCAUCUUCAAGAUAAUCAGCUACGGCAGGGCACUCCAGAAGAUCUUGAACCUCGCAUCAACCAUGGUGUACGUUGGUGACUAUUUCACCGGCCCGAAAACGCCGUUGAAGAGGAAGGACAAAGCGUUCUUCUCAUUCUUGACCAUGUUCGACGCGGCCGGCGUAUUAGUCAGCCUGAAGGUGGACGGAGGGCAGGCGUCAGAGCCAGGAGCAGGGGGGUUGGUCAACAUGAACGCAACGGAGGGGGGGCAAACGCCAAAUAACGCAACUGUCCCGGCGAUUAUUUUCGACAUGGCCGACGGUAUCGCUGAGAUCGCGAAGGGGAGCAGGUUGAUCGCGCUUGCAAACGAGCUCGACGAGGGCGGCCGCCAGGAAAGAACGAUGAAGUUUCAAGGUUCUCACGGGAUCUUCAAGGGAGCCAGUCAGAUGGCCACGGCGUUUGGGAAGCAGAUCGUAAAAUCGCCAGCCGAUCCUGCCACCAAGGUCGCGGUGAUAAUUGUUGCUGCCGGCCUCAAGUGGAUAACAAAGGUCCCCCUGGGCAUGGCAUCAGUGGUGCUGCAGCUCGAAGGCUCUGCUGAGGGUAAAGAUGAGGACAAAGAUCUGAAAAACAACGCCUACUGGAUCGCCUGUUUCGCCUACCUGUGAGGUGCUUGCACUCAAAUCGGGUGGAGAAGUGCUGAAGGGCGCAGGGGGCAACGAAUGGGUGUUGCAGAAGCGAGGCCGUCUUCCUUGAGCGUCGAACUGGCGAUGCGUAAACAAGACGAGUUGCUAUAGCUUGGUGCGCCUACGAGAUCGGCUGUCGUAUGGGAUGGAGCGGCCGUCGCUGACCUUUGUGCCUGAAGGCUGUAUGGACAGACAAGCAUCCGGUAGCUUUUCUAUGCCUCCUUGUACUUGCUUUCUCCAGCCCGUCUGCUUCGUUCCCUCCCCUCUGAUCUAUGGCGACUCAUUUUGUCAAGGGAAGUCGCUCGCCGUGUGCGUCGCUUGUAUAUUCCGGUUGCCGUGUCUCCGCGAUGGGACGUCCGGCGUGGGUCUGUCUGGUUCCAAUUAUGUUUCUUCCAUCAGUCGGGACGAGAUACUGCUGUGAUUGAGUCCUGAACGGUUUGGUUGGACGUUUUUUCCGUCCGCGAUUGCCCGGACCACAGAGUAGACAAAACCUACAGUAGUUUGUUGCACGCGUGCGUGUUCUGUCUUCUGGUCAUGGAGAAUGACUGCCCAACGAUACGUUGUCGUUGGCG